ACUUACAGUCCAUCUUUUACAUAACUCGGCUCGUUUCUAGGAUUCUAAAUCUAUAAAAUUAAUUUUUACAAAAAUGAGUGCCUGGAGAGCUGCUGGAUUAAACUACAUUAACUAUUCCAACAUUGCUGCCAAACUUCUGAGGCAGGCACUUAAACCCGAACUUAGAACAGAAGCACUCAGAAGAAACGAAACCCAUAUUAAAGUAACAAAAUGGCAAGAUGGAAAGCCAAUAAGUGCUAGGGAAUAAAUGCUAAGGAGUCCACAUUUUAAAUCCAUAAUUUAAGUCCAAGUCUAUGUAGUGUUAAUAAUUGUUUAGUCAACUACAAUUUAUGUUACAAUUUUGUAAAUAUCAGUUCCAGAUUUAUAUCAUUUGGGUAUUAUUCCUAUUUUUGAUGUAAAAAUGGAUUAGUG